CGCUCUGGGUUAAUUGAUACGAUAUUUAAUGUUUUAACCAGGGAUGCAAUGAAGCAUAUCUUACACAUGCCACACUCACGUGACUUGUACCACCUCCGCUACAGUAGGUGGAAGUAGAGUUUUUGGUGCGCCAUUGAAACCAAAAGAAGAAGAAGAAGAAGAAGAAGAAGAAGAAGAAGAAGAAGAAGAAGCAGUCGAAAAGCAGGUCGCUUUGGAAACCAGGCAGACCACUUCCUGGGAUCUCUGGGCUUUGCAAAGAUGUUGAACCGAACCCUGGCAGUCCCUCCCUGGAUAGUGUACCGCCACCACACACCCCCUUACACCAAUGCCCAUGUUCCCUACAGUGAGUUCUUCCAGCUGGAGGCCUUGUCUGCCUACCAUCGUGUGGUCAGUUUGGAGGACUUCAUGGAGAAGCUGGCUCCCAAAUACUGGCCCUUAGGACAGAGGAAAGCCUACUGCUUUGAGACUGCUGCACAGCGGAGUGCAGACAAGAAGUCCUGCCCUAUGAAGGAUGGAAACCCAUUUGGUCCGUUCUGGGAAUACGUCGGUGUGGAAUUUGACAAGUCUGUCUUGUUUGGUGGAAUUUCUUUUAGUGCCUACCACCAACCUCAGUGGAUGAAGAAGUUCCCUCCCUCUGAGCACCCAGUCCUGGCACUGCCUGGGGCUCCUGCCCAGUUCCCAGUGACAGAGGAGCAUGUGGGCCUGCAGCGCUACAUGGUGUGGUCAGACAAGAUGGUAAAGGAGGGGGAAGAACACAUCGCUACCUUGCUGACCAGGCCGUACGUUAGCAUUCACCUGAGGAUUGGUAUUGACUGGCAAAAUGCCUGCAAAAUGCUGAAGAGUGGCGAUGCAGGGCCUCACUUCAUGGCCUCUCCUCAGUGUGUUGGCUACAACCACCAGACAGCCUUGCCUCUCACCAUGAACAUGUGCCUUCCUGACCUGGCAGAGAUCCGCAGGGCUGUCAAGCUGUGGGUGAAGAAGACCUCGGCCCGCUCUGUCUACAUCGCCACUGACUCAGAAUCCCACAGUAGGGAUAUUGAAAAGCUCUUCAAAGGCAAGGUGAACGUGGUGAGUCUUCAGCCAGACUCGGCCCAAAUGGACCUAUACAUCUUAGGCCGAGCUGACCACUUCAUCGGCAACUGCGUCUCCUCCUUUUCUGCCUUUGUGAAGAGAGAACGGGACGUCCAUGGCCUUCCAUCCUCCUAUUUUGGCAUGGACAAGCCUGGGAAAUCAAAUCACAAAGAAGAACUCUGAGCACAAGGUUCACACGGUCGUCCUCUGGGCGCUAAUGCUGGAUGACUGUCAUGUGGAGGCGAGAGAGCAUGUGGAAGGCAGAGAAUAUUUAUAUGUGACGUGAUGGUUCACAGUGUGUGAAGGCCGGUCCAAUUUUAGAAUGGGUUUUAAUCUGUGAGAAAGGAGGGCUUAUAAGGGCUUAUAAGAUAGGAUGUAGCAGGUCAGUAGUGUAAUGCCUGAAAUAUUAUGACACGGACAUCCCUGCUACCAAGAAACACUGUAUUUUUGUCUGUUCCUUGCUUGAAAAUUCAGUAUUUGUAUGUCCUCUCAAGAUUGCCUUUGUUCACUAUACUUAAGCCAGUUUUCCUUUCCAUCAAGGAAACACAGCCCCUAGCAUUUCCUUUAGCUACUGCCAUAUUGUUUUGCAAACCCGAAAUGUUAGAGGGACCUCUGGUGACCUCAGUGAACCCUGGAGACUGACUGCAGUGUCAGCGAUCAUGUUCUCCCUCUCUCUCUCUUGCCCCCUUCCUCUUCUCUUUCUCUCCCUACCUUUCCAUCCCUCCACGUCUUUCCAGCUUGCUCUUUCCUUUUCUCUCUGCCCUCCAUUCCAAGGAGAGCACAGUAACUGAUCCUCCUGUACAUACUAAUUAUAGUGAGGAAAAAGGAGACAGUCUUUCCACCUCUCAAUUUACUAGGACCAAAAGCUGAUGAAAUGUAUAGAACCCUUUACUGAAUGUUAUGGGGACAGUAUUAUCAUUCAGUGAAUGUGAACAGAUGUUUCAGGGAUGUUUUGGGGAGAGAAAAGAGUUGAUUUGCACUGGGUGAAUUGAUUAAAUGCAAGUGGGGAUGUGUGGAAAGCUAAUGUGUCCCUUUGUGUGAAAGCAGUGAAUGCAAUGGUUUUAUAGUGAAAUGUUUUCUAUUAUGUUUUUCACCAAUAAAGUGAUGCACACUAAUUUUUAAAGAA